UCCUCCAACAAAUCUUCUUGUUGAGCGCUUACAUAAAUUUCCUCAAAACGCAAAAACCCUAAAAGUAAAAUCACUCUUCUCUUGUGCCCCCUUUUAAGUUUUAGCUAUGGCGGAUUGGUCGUUACUUCCAUACGAUCUACUUGUUACAAUAGCAAAUCGUGUUACAGUUAUGGAGGAUUUCGUUGUAUUUGGUGCUGUUUGUAAAUCAUGGCGAAUUGCUGCUACCAAAGAGAAUUUUGAUGGACCAUUCCCACAACUUCCAUUGCUUAUGUUGGCUGUUGAAAGAGACGACGCCAAUGAUUAUCGUGAAUUUUACUCUCUUUCGAAGAAGAAAAUAACACGAGUAGUUCUCCCAGAAGCUAGAUCUAGAAAUCGAGAAUGUUUUUCAACAAUGGGAUGGAUUGCCACCGUCGAAUAUGCAGGUAUCGGAGAGAUGAAAUUAUUGCACCCUUUUUCACAUGCUCAAAUUCAUCUUCCUCCCCAUAUUGGUUUGAGAGAUUGGGAACCAACUCAUGAAAAUAGCUAUGUGUCUAUCAAUAAAAUUAUAUUAUCUGCUAAUCCUUCGUUUUCGUCCGAUUUUGUUGUGAUUAUUUCGUAUAGUAGACAUAAAAGUUAUUUGGCUUGUUGGCGACCUGGAGAUCUCUUUUGGACUCCAAUUGAUGAUGUUGAUGAAUUUGGUGAACUAUGGGACAUACACUACUUUAAUGGACAGUUUUAUAUGAUUACUUCUAGCGGAGUUUGGGUUAUUGAUGAGGAUUAUGAACCUCAAUUGGUUAUUCAGAAAAACAAUUAUGGUCCGCGAAAGCAGCUCUAUCUUGUCGAAGUAUCCGGUGCACUGUUACUUGUUUCACAAUUUUGUAAGUAUGAUGGUUUUUUUGGAUCCUAUACGACCUAUGACUUUCGAGUAUGGAAACUCGAUUUAAUUAGACGUAAAGCAAAAGAGAUUAAAGUCUUGGGAGAUAGUGCAAUUUUUUUAGGGAGGAAUGGAUCAUUUUCAAUUGACACAUCUAAGUCGAUAAGAGUGAAGCCUAAUCACAUCUAUUUUACUGAUAAUUGGAAAUACGGAGAUGGCAAAGAUAUGGGAGCUUACAACUUUGAAGAUGGAAAAAUUCAAUCUUUUUAUGCGGGCGUUUCUGUUAAUCCUAUUUACCCGGCAACUUGGGUUAUCCCAUCAUUAUGAUAUCAAAAAGGGAAUUGCACAUACCUCCGCGACAUUCUCUAGCCUUUUAGUUUUGGCCAUUUAUUUACGUUUUCCGUCUUAUCAAAGUAAAGUUUUAAGAAUUAUUUGCUUUCUUUGAUCGUAAUCGUGUCUGUAUGUUUAUGUUUUGAAUUUCAAUCUUCGUAAAUAUUGAUGAUACUUCCUAUGAAUGAUUUAGGCUUGUGAUAUUCACUAUGCAAAUAUACCUCUUUAAUGAGAUGUUGUCUGCUUUUUUCUCCUUCCAGCACAUAAUUUUAGUUGUGAAUUGCUAGUGUUUUUCAGUGAUUAGAACUUUUGAGUGCGAAGUCUUAGUGUUUAUCACUUUUCAGCCCUUCAAAGAUGGUUAGCACUUGGUAAUACACAUCAGAGGAUAGCUCGGUAGACUGUAAGGGCUCGUUUGGUGUGAGGGAUAAGAAUAAAUAGUCCUGGGAUAAAAAAGUAGUACUGGGGAUAAAAUUUUGAUGUUGUUUGGUUGACAUGUUUGGGAUAACUUAUUCCACCAUUUAUAGCAUAGUGAUGGGAUAAGUUAUCCCAUAUAUAUGGUGUGAUACGUUAUCCCAGGAUAGUUAAUCAUGGGAUAACUAGUUCCCAACCAAACGACCCCUAAUUACUUUGUAAUUGUUAUUCAUUGUUUAAAAGUUAUCAUGUUGAGAGGAAAGGACCAUGAAUCUUUACGGGAAGUAGAGUAAAGAACUUAUGGCCUAGAAACUCCUAAAAUUUUAAAAAGUAUAUUUGUAGUCAGAUGUAAUUCCUUUAUUUUGCAGCUCUGUUUUGUGGUUGAUCCUGUGGAUUAUUACACAAAAAAGGGGGAGUGGGACGAGUACCAGAACUACUGUGAAUCUGCAGCUAUUGCCGUGGUAGAAGAUGAUUCUGCGUUGGUAUUGUCCUUGUUGAUCCUUGGCUAAUGCUGCAAGAGUAAAAGCUAGUGGUGUAUCAAAAACCGCGACUUUAUCAAAAAAGUUGCACUGCGACCUAUCUUUGUUAGGUUGUCCUCCACUCCAUUUGCCUCCCUGUACGUAUGGCUUGGAGUAACCACCUGCAGUGGUACAAAAUAUUGGAGUGUAUGAGGUUAGUAGAUUGCAAGAGAUGGAGAACUUCUUACACAUCUAUUUCUAUGACCUAUGUUGCUCGGACUCUUCAAAAAUGUCAAGGGGUGCAUGUUGGAUCCGCAAAAAGUAGUGUAUUUUUGGAGAAUCCAACACGGGUAUGGCAUCGAACGUGAAGAGUCCAAGCAACUUAGUCUAUGACUAGUGGUUGUAAGUUAUGGGAAGGGCAAGCUGUUGCCCCUGCAGCAGUGCCUGCAGUUCAGUGCCAAUACUGAGAUAUUGUGCGUAGCGUUCACAGCUAGCCAUGUCACCAACACCACCAUUGCCUCCUUUACCUUAGCCGGAAACUAUUAAUGAGUGAAAGCCACUUAAUGGUAAGAAGAGGAGUUCACGAAUGUCUUUUCUCAUCGUGUAGUCGGAGAAUUUGAACACCACUACAUCCCUCCAUUCCUCUGGAAAUAUG